GUCGUUCCCGUUGGAAAAUCAGGCCGGGAAAGUGUAAAAAACUUCGGAACUUGUCGCGGUCGUUUUUGCGGAUUUCGUUCUCGAUCGUUCAGACCGUCCGCUUGCGACAGUUAGUCUAAUUGUGAUUGUUUAAGUUUCUAAAUAAAACAUACAACAGUUCCUGCCGGUUCCACGGUUUGCCACGGAUCGGGUUGUUCGGGUUCGGCAAAAGAGGUGAGUCAGCAGAAGCGAUAAGGCAACGAGAGCUGUUCACCGUAAACAGAGGAACCACCGCCCAGAGUGUGGUGCAACAGGCUUACAAGAGCAAAAAUGUGGAAAUCAACGGCAGGCCGAGAUAUCGAUGCGGGCCAAGGUGCAGAGGAUGACGAUUGGGAGACAGAUCCGGACUUUGUGAACGAUGUCAGCGAACAGGAACAGCGCUGGGGCUCGAAAACCAUCGAGGGCAGUGGCCGCAGUGCGGCGGCUAUCGAUAUGCAUCAGCUGCGCCACGAAACCGAGCAGGCGGAUGCGGAGAAGAAGCGCCUGGAAGGACCGAAAGCGUCUCACGGUUACGGCGGUAAGUUCGGGGUGGAGAAGGACCGGAUGGACAAGUCGGCCGUCGGGCACGAGCACAUCGAAAAGGUGGAAAAGCACGCGUCGCAGAAAGACUACGCUUCCGGAUUCGGUGGCAAGUUUGGAGUACAGAAGGAUCGUGUGGACCAAUCGGCCCUCGGUUGGGAUCAUGUCGAGAAGGUGGACAAGCACGAAUCCCAGAAGGAUUACAAGACGGGCUUUGGUGGCAAAUUCGGUGUGCAGCAGGACCGCCAGGACAAGUCGGCCGUCGGUUGGGAUCAUCUGGAGGCGCCACAGAAACACGAGAGCCAGGUUGAUCACAAAGUGGGCUUCGGAGGAAAGUUUGGUGUCCAGAGCGACCGAAAGGACAAAUCGGCCUUAGGUUGGGACCAUGUCGAGAAACCGCAAUUGCACGAAAGCCAGCUCGAUCAUAAAAUUGGAUUCGGCGGCAAGUUUGGUGUGCAGAACGAUCGAAUGGACAAAUCGGCCGUUGGAUUUCAGGAGCAGGAUAAGAUUGGUACAAAUUAUUCCAAAACGAAGCCGGACAUCGGAUCGGCCAAACCGUCGAACCUGCGAGCUAAGUUUGAAAACUUUGCGGCAACGGCCGAGGAAGAAGCACGCAAGGCUGCCGAAGAGCAGAAGCGUUUACGUGAGGAAAAGGAUCGUCGAGAUCGCGAAGAGGCUGCCAAACGUGUGAACUAUUCAUCUGAAUCGACGGAACCCAAGAAACCGGAACGAAAGGGUCCAAUCAAUACGGGUAGAGAGACCGGUGUCAGUAGCGCCAUAAACAACUUUAAUAAACCACAAGCAGCUGAUACACCGGACAAGACAAGGAAGGACCCUAUCGUGCUACCGAAAACGGACGAAACACGGAAGUUUGUGCAACCUGACGUUAUACCGACUAGUGAACCGAUUGUGCCGGUUGCCAAUGCGGCAGCACCACAAGAAGCAGUGGCUGAUCCUGAGCCAGAACCAGCUCCAGCACCAGCAGCACCGAUUGCAGAACCAUCGCCCGUAGCACGCACCUCGUAUACGGCGACGGUAGUAGAAACGACUGAAACAGAGCCAACAGUUCCGCACACUCCUCAGCCGGUCACGAGCAGCCAACCGGAAGCGGAGGAAGUGGAAGAGUUUGUGCUGUCGCCUGACAAUCCUGGCAUACAAGCGAUAGCCUUGUAUGACUAUCAGGCUGCAGCGGACGAUGAAAUUUCGUUCGAUCCGGACGAUAAGAUAACGCAUAUCGAAAUGAUCGAUGAAGGUUGGUGGCGCGGUUGGUGCAACAACAAGUACGGCCUUUUCCCAGCCAAUUACGUGCAACUGCUACAGUAGGCGCUGAAGGCAAAUUGCUACGAAACCUCCGAUCGUUUACUGCUCAAAAGUGGCUCAAUAUUAACUUCGAACUCUAGUAACUAUCAUCAUUUCCCCAUUCAACCACAAUAUCCUCGAUGAGCCUUUUGUUGUCACGAUGGCGAAGAUGCUGAGCAUUCCUUUUAACGCAUUUUACUUUUUUUUACAAGAAACUUGUUCUUCCGUACUCCAUAGUCAUUAGUUUUUGAACGGUAUUUUUUUAGAUUUUGAUUAUUCAUUUACAGCCACAAUUAAGAGGCGCAUGAUGUAUUAAAGGGCGAUUUAAUAGAAGUAUUAUAUAUAUUUUUUUCUUUCUGCUAA